AUGCCCCAAGGAAUUCCCACCGCCUCCCGUCUUCUGGACCUCUUCAGCCUCAAGGGCAAGGUCGUCGUCGUCACCGGCGCUUCCGGCCCCCGUGGCAUGGGUAUCGAGGCCGCUCGCGGCUGUGCCGAGAUGGGCGCCGACCUGGCCCUCACCUACUCCUCCCGCAAGGAGGGUGCCGAGAAGAACGCCGCCGAGCUCGAGAAGGAGUACGGCGUCAAGGUCAAGAUCUACAAGCUCAACGUGAGCGACUACGACAACGUCGAGGCGACCACCAAGCAGAUCAUCUCGGACUUUGGAAAGAUCGAUGCCUUCAUCGCCAAUGCCGGUGCCACUGCCGACAGCGGAGUCAUCGACGGCUCCAAGGAGGCCUGGGACCACGUCAUCCAGAUCGACCUCAACGGCACCGCCUACUGCGCCAAGGCCGUUGGUGCCCACUUCCGUGAGCGCGGCACCGGCUCCUUCGUCAUCACCGCCUCCAUGUCCGGCCACAUCGCCAACUACCCCCAGGAGCAGACCUCCUACAACGUCGCAAAGGCCGGCUGCAUUCACAUGGCGCGCUCGCUCGCCAACGAGUGGCGCGACUUUGCCCGCGUCAACUCCAUCUCUCCCGGCUACAUCGACACCGGCCUGUCCGACUUCGUCGCCCAGGAGACUCAGGAGCUGUGGAAGAGCAUGAUCCCAAUGGGCCGCAACGGUGACGCCAAGGAGCUCAAGGGUGCCUACGUGUACCUCGUCUCCGACGCCAGCACCUACACCACCGGUGCCGACAUCGUCAUCGACGGUGGCUACACCUGCCGGUAA